AAAAAUAAUAUGCUUUAAAUUUUUAAUAAAUAAAUAAAGACAAAAUUGAACAGUAAACUGUUUUUUUAAUCUCUGUGAAAAAAAUCAAAAUCAUAAACGACAUCUAAUUUGAAACUGAUGGACAAUUUAGAUUUUACCUAAAAAGAUGUAUGAAUAUUCAGGCUGAAAAACUUUUAUAUGUAUAUAUCUGACAUUAAUAAAAGACCAAUGAAUUAUUAAGUGAAACUGGAAGGCCGGCCACUAACAGCACCCAACGAAGUUUCCCUCAAAGAGGAAAAGACAAGAUAACAGCAAAGAAUGCUAGUCUUUUUAUUGGUCAUUAGUUAAAUGCUAAAUCAUUCGAUUAUUAAUAAACUGAUAAAUUCAAUUCUUAGAAAGAAGGAAAGAAAGAAACAAAACAAGCGGAGACUCUUCUCCCCAAUACAAAGUUAGUUGUUUAUUCACUCGUCAAUGGCAAAGAAAGCGCUUUUGAUCGGCAUCAACUACCCUGGAACCGCCGUCGAGCUACGUGGCUGUGUCAACGACGUCCGUCGCAUGCAGAAGUGCCUCAUCGACCGUUACGGAUUCUCAAACAAGGACAUAACGGUGUUGAUCGACACAGACAAAACCAGCAUCCAACCCACCGGCAAGAACAUCCGCGAGGCUCUCAAGAAACUCAUCGCUGAAGGAGAACCCGGUGAUGUUCUGGUGUUUCAUUACAGUGGACAUGGCACGAGACUCCCAACAGAAGAAGGAUUGUUCGACGCAACAGAUUACGAUGAGUGUAUCACUCCUUGCGAUAUGAAUCUGAUCACGGACAAUGAGUUUAGAGACAUGGUAGCAGAGGUGAAAAAGGGAUGUCUGCUGACGAUAAUCUCGGACUCUUGUCACAGUGGUGGUCUCAUAGAGGAAGCAAAAGAACAGAUCGGGGAGAGCUACGUGAAUAAGCCAAAAUCUAGGAUUGUUACUUUCUUGGUUAGCAUUGUGAGGAGUUUGCUAACGACUUGUGGAAUAUCCUCGAAUGAUUCUCAGAGAGGAAGUGGAGGAGGCCACGAUAGUGUUACUAGAGAAAGCGAAUUAGAGGACGGUGAGACGGUAGAUAUGAAAACAAGAUAUCUACCUCUCGAUAGCUACAUUAGUCUUCUCAAGGAGCAAACCGGACAAACCGAUAUCAAAUGUGGGAAAAUCAGACAAACACUUGUUAAAGUAUUUGGCGAAGACUCUAGUCCGCAUGUUAUGCUCUCUAAUUCAAUGAAACGAAAUGCUCACAGAGGAUUGCUAGGUAUGUUCAUAGGCAAGCGCGAGGUUAAUACAGAUGGUGCAGGAUCUGAAGUUAAAAGUAAGCAUCCCAACAACGGUAUUUUGUUAAGUGGGUGUCAAACAGCAAGAUCAGAGGAUGUAUACGUGACAAGAACUGGAAAAGCAUAUGGAGCAUUCAGUGACGCAAUUCAGACAAUAUUGUCGGGGACAAGACAGGAAAUAACGAACAAAGAGAUGGUUUUGAGAGCUAGAGAGAUUCUCAAGAAACAAAAGUUUGGUCAACGGCCAGGUUUAUAUUGUCAUGACCGUUAUGUUAAUAUCCCAUUUAUUUGCUAACACACAUGGAAUUCAUUAGAGACUU